UAUACUGACAGUACAGAGAUCAGACCAGGCUGAAAUUGGCACGAAAAGUACAGUGUAUCUGAUCAGUGAAAUUUGGAGGCAUGCGAUAAGACGUAUUCUUGAAAUUUGACGUGCACGACGCGAUGAAGUGGUUAAGUUUUAGUGCAUUGGAAAGUAAGCAGCUUAAACGAUAUUGUUUUGAUAGGAUGAGCAUGAACCUACUGCCUGUCAUCUAGAUGGCUAGGUAGUACUGGUACAUGGUACAAAUCCUCAAUCCCCGACAGAAGAAUUUCACCACAUAACACCGCAACAGUGCAGACCAUCUCAUCAACAAACAGAAGUGAGCUUAUAGUCUGAGAAAACCAAGAUGUUCCGUGUAUUUAUUUGUCACGGGUUCGCCAAGAACUCUAAUACACUUUUCAAAUGUAAGGGUGGCCCCUUGCAGCUGCAGAAGACUUCACUCUUUAUACAAUGCAAGCCACCUACUUUACCAAAACGUAUGAACACUUCCAAGUCAAUCAGCAUUACUAUGUCUCUGUGCACUGGCACACUUGUUUUCAAGAGUCGUCUCACCAGUGCAAGUUGCCAAGAAGCCCAAAGUCAACCUACACCACUUGAAACCCCACUGGGGUCUUCAAAGAGGAUUAAAAAGCCCAAGAAGCAGAGCAACGUCAUCGUACGUGGCUUCUUCUACAUUUACAAGUGUCUAAGCAUCUGCAGGAGACUCCUGUGGAUCUCAGUGGUGUUUGGUCCCAUUCUGGCCAUGUACCCCUUGACUUUCUGGUCAGAGCGGUUUCGUCGGAGGUGGCAACGUAUGCUCCUUUGGGCAGUGGAGAUAUCAGGACCAACAUUUAUCAAACUUGGCCAGUGGGCUAGCACAAGGCGAGACCUGUUUUCAGCUGACUUCUGUGAUCUGUUCUCCAAGCUCCACCUGGAUGCCCCUAAGCACUACUGGUACCAGACUGAGAAGAAACUGGAACGUUCCUUUGGCAAAAACUGGCGCAACAUUUUUGUCAAGAUUGAGAAGUCACUUCACUCAGGAUGUGUUGGACAGGUGUACAAAGGGUAUAUGAGAACUGAGGCUCUUUCUGAAGAGUGUCUUCAAGCUCUACUGGAUGAUGAUGAUGAACCAUCAGAGUUUGACGAUGGGCGAGAGAUUCUUAAGUUAGACUGGUUUUUGAGAAAGAGAACCAAAGACCCCUACCUAGAUGAUGAAAAUAAUUCCCAGCAACCAGGUAAAGGGUCUAAUGGGAGAGAGGAGGAUGAAGUAAGCCAGGAAGAUGACACGUCACUCGUUCACAUUGCCAAGUCACUCAAGGAAAGUGAUGACAUCAUUCCUGUUGCCAUCAAGGUCUUGCAUCCAGGCAUCUACAGACGUGUUAAAUGGGAUCUUCAGCUGCUGAGAGUACUAGCUGGUAUCCUGUCAUUAAUCCCGGGUCUCCGAUGGCUCAGUCUCCCAGAGUGUGUGCAAGAUUUUGAAGUUCUUAUGAAAAAUCAGAUUGACCUGAGAAUAGAAGCCAACAACCUUGAUAUAUUUGUGGAGAAUUUCAGUGAUAUCAGCUGUGUCCGAUUCCCGAGGCCUCUACGCCCAUUUGUGAGCAGAGAUGUUCUUGUUGAAACAUAUGAGGAAGGAGACUACAUCUCAACUUUCAUCAGUAAUGAUGAUGACGGAGAAGACAUACCAGAUGGACUCAGGGAGCGCCUUGCUGCAAUGGGAAUCGAAGCCUUGCUCAAAAUGAUCUUCAUUGACAACUUUGUGCAUGCCGACCUCCACCCGGGCAACAUCCUUGUGCAAGGAGCCAGCAGUUUCACUGGUGAGACAGAAAACAUCCUCAAGAUGGAGGACAUGUGUGAUACGGUGGUCAUUAGCGUCAAGCCACGGGAGUGCCCCCUGAAGCUUGUCAUGCUGGACACAGGCAUUGUGGCGCAGCUGAAUGAGUAUGACAGGCAGAACUUCAGGGAGGUCUUUACCAAUGUUCUGCUGGGCAAGGGAGAGGUAGUUGCAGAGCUCUUUCUACAGCACACCAUGCACAGGUGUCCUGAUGAGGCAAAAUUUAAGGAGGAUAUGGCAGAGUUAGUCAACCUUGCCCACCAACAAACUGUCAAGCUUGGAGUGAUGCAAGUUGGUGUUCUUUUGGAAGACCUUUUCUCCCUGAUGAUAAAGCAUAAGGUCAAAUUGAAUGGCAACUUUGCCUCCAUUAUGCUUGCUAUGAUGGUACUGGAGGGGCUUGGCCGUUCUCUUGACCCCAACCUGGACAUCCUAGAUGCUGCUAGACCCAUACUACUCAAUGAUGUGGUUCCUUGAAAGGGCCAUUGUUAGCUGGAAAAACAUCAUCUUGCCAUUAACAGUUGUGAAAUGUCACGAAUGAUAUUUCUUGCCCAGCCAUACUCGGCCCCACCACAAAAUGUUGCCAAUGCUUGAUAAAUUGUACCUGUGGUUGAUAUAAAAUAGGAAAAUGCUAUUUCUCACACUUUAACUCAACGGAUCAAGAUGUUAGGUUUUUUAUUGUUUAUUGAUUUGCAGAACAGUAUUUUAUCUUGUAUACAGCAAGACGAUGGGGCCAAACCAAAAGUACCACCUGCAUGUUUUUUAUCCAACCCCCCCCAAUUUAUCUUGUGAGCAAAGUGUGUGAUUCAUAAGAUGUCAUAAUAGUGGACUAUACUUCGUACAUGUGAGAGUUUGUUACUUGGCGGAAGUUUGAAAUAAUCAGAGGAUGUGUACAUUGGUCUACUGAUGCAUAGCCAAUACAGUUAACCACCCCUUCUCAAGUAAUGCAUGCAUUCAUAUGUAUUCAUACUGACAAUAUUGUACCGUGGCAGUGGUUUUUACCACCAACUGAAACCAAAUGAAAUAGUGGUGUUACACAGAUGUUCUCUAAUUCUGAAAUGUCACUCAAAGCCAUAUUCAUCUUUUGUGUCUUUUUCAUUGAAGGCAGUAGUAUUGUUUCUGCUGCUCCAUUGCUACUUGUAUUUGCUGCUAAACAGUGCCAGGAUUAUCUCAGGUUUCUCAAUGUCAUGAUUUACUGAACUCUGAAAAUCUACAUAAAGAACUUGUUGCCCUGUGGGAAAAAAAUGUGUGUGACAGUUGAUACAGCAAUCUGUUUUCAUGACAGAGAGUCUGUCCAUGUGUUUUCAUUUUUGCCUAGUUUCAGAGCAUAAUCUCAUAAGGACCGAUGGACAUUUAAGUUUGAAAUUGUUUCAGGUAAUUCAAAGAAAACUUGUAUUGAUCAAAUCACUGUGUAAAUUAAUCCUAUCAUGAAAGCAUUGGAAAGGUUGGUUGAGUGUUUACAUUUGUCAUACCUUCCUAAAUCUGUUUUAUGGGGGAUUCAUUUGUGUAGACUGCAUGUUGGAGGGGAGUGGUUAUGUGCACAUGGCAUCCUACCAUACUGAUGGUACAUGUAAUUGUUGAUAAUUCAUAAAUCUUUCUGAAGUAAAAAACAUGUACCAAAACAUUUGAAACAAAUCCACUGACCUGAUUAUUGCUGUCUAAAGGUUGAGAUUAAAUUCUCUAGCAUUCAAUCUCCUUUUAAAGAUUAAAGAUGGUAUGCAAAAAAAUGCAUGAUAUUGUUAACUUUAGAUCUUUUUUCCUACAAGAGAUCUUUCAGUUUCCAGGAUACAUAUAUGUGUAUUAUGCUUUUUAGUUUUCUUUUUUUAAAUUAGUGGACAUUGUUGAAAGUGCAGUUUCAAGUUGUACUUUUUGUGGUUUUAAGAAUCACAUGAAUGACAUGCAUGUAUGUAGGGUGUACAUGUAUAAUCCAAAAAGUUUUACAGGAAAAAACAAAACAUGCAAGCAAAACAAAGUGUACAUCAACCAAAGCAAAAUAUCUGCAACUUAGCUGCAUUUAAUGAGUUUGAUGAUGGAAAUUACUUAGCAGUCCCAUGUACACAAUAUGGGCAGUAAUGGUGUGGUAGAUUUACCGUGCUAUGGGGUUAUUCAAUUACAUGUACUUGCUUGGUGAUACCAAUAAAGGGCUGAUGUACAAAGUCA